AUGAAGCUACGAAAUUGGAAUUCGCCAUUGCUUCUUCUCCUCCUCCCGUCUCUCGCCUUAGCUAUCGCGCCUCCCCACCCGCAAUCGGACCAAGACUCGGUCGCGACCACGGACGGUGCGUCGUUCAGACGAUACGGCACCAAAGAUGCGCCGGUCGAUGGCAACGACGGCAAGCCGCAUGCCGGGCCGUUUGUCGAGCUCGACGGCAGCACCGAUUCGGCGGGCAACCUUCCGGCGCUGAAAGAUCGCCCAGAAGACCCGUUGGUUGUCGACGGGAAGCGGAUACCCGAAAGCCAUGACGGCGUGAUGGACGACAAGUAUCGGUCGGGACCAAAGGGAACCACGGGCACCGAGGGGGGCGUCAGCGAGAGGGAGAAGGAUAGAAAGAUGAGGGAACAACAGACGGGAGAGAAGGUCGAGAACAAGCCGCCAACUCCCAAGGAGCCGCCCCCGCUGUCCGAUUUGGACCAGGAGCGCAUUCGUUCUGCCAAUGAAGCCGCAUCUGGCGACAGAGAUGGCUCUGGUCUUGGGAAACCCGCCGAUCUUCCAGACAAGACCCACGACCAAUCGCUCCCGCUCCCCGAUUCCGCGGCCAAUAUCAACCACCUGGAUGUGUCCACCGGCACCGGACCCGGGAAAUACGCGACCUCUGAGGAGGAAGGCAACGAGGGCCUCAUCCAACCGCUGCACUCGUUCAUGCUCUCCUUCACGAUGAUCAUCUUCUCCGAAAUCGGCGACAAGACCUUCCUGGUCGCGGCGCUCAUGGCCAUGAAGCACGACCGCAUCGUGGUGUUCACCGCUGCGUUGAGCGCGCUGAUGGCCAUGACCGUUCUCUCCGCCGUGCUGGGCCACGCCGUGCCAACCCUGAUCCCCAAGCGCCUGACAACGUUCAUGGCCGCGCUCCUAUUCUUCGUCUUUGGCGCCCGCCUGCUCCGCGAAGGGCUCGCCAUGAGCCCGGACGAGGGUGUUUCCGCGGAAAUGCAAGAGGUGGAGAUGGAGUUGGAGGAGAAGGAGAACCUAGCCCGUCAGGGUGGGCAAGGGGCCAACGUGUCGCCGUACGCCCUGGAAAUGGGUCUCGGCAACCGCAAGCCCCGGUCCAAAUCCCGGUUUCCCGUUCCGGCGCGAAGCCCGUCCAGCUCGCCGGAGGGACGCAGCCCGUCGCCCCGCCCCAGCGGCCUGGUCGGCUUCUUGUCGGGGCUCAACAAUCUUGUUUCGCUACUUCUCAGCCCAGCUUGGGUCCAGACCUUUGUUAUGACGUUCUUGGGAGAAUGGGGUGACCGCAGCCAGAUUGCCACCAUUGCUAUGGCAGCUGGUCAGGACUACUGGUGGGUGACUCUAGGUGCGGUCCUGGGGCACGCCUGCUGUACCGGGGUUGCUGUUAUUGGAGGGAGAGCCAUUGCGGGUAGGGUGAGCCUUAAAGUUGUCACUGUCGGUGGAGCUGUUGCGUUUCUCGUUUUUGCUUUUAUCUACUUAUUCGAAGCCUGGUAUUCGUAG